UUUAUUUAAAAGCCUAGUUAUAGGCAAGCUGCUUCCGUCGGCUCUCGUCUGGGUGACAUCACGACCAGCAGCGGCCAAUCUGAUCCCUCCUGAGUACAUAGGAUUGUUUACGGAGGUGCGUGGAUUCACUGACCAGCAGAAAGAGGAAUAUUUUAGAAAACGAAUAAUAGAUGAAGCUCAGGCCUCCAAAAUAAUAUCACACAUCAGGACGUCUCGUAGUCUCUAUAUCAUGUGCCACGUUCCCGUCUUCUGCUGGAUCACAGCUACUGUUCUUCAGGAUAUUCUUGUCAAAAACAAUGGACAGGACAUUCCUUCGACCCUCACCGAAAUGUACAUCCACUUCCUUCUGAUACAGAUGAACAUGAAGAACCAGAAGUAUGAUAAGAAACAGGAAAGAGAUCGCACAAAGCUUUUGAGUUCAAACAAAGAAAUGAUCUUCAAGUUGGCUAAACUGGCAUUCGAACAGCUGAAGGAGGAUAACAUCAUGUUCUAUGAGAAGGAUCUGAAAGCAUGCGGCAUCGAUGAAAGUGAGGAGUCCACAGGAUUGUGCACUGAAAUCUUCAAGAAGGACUCUGUUUUGCACGAGAUGAAGGUGUAUUACUUCAUACAUUUGAGUGUGCAGGAGUUUCUGGCCGCGUUGCACGUGUUCCUCUGCUAUUUGAAGCAGGACAAAGAUGAGCUGAUUUUCUUCCUGGAGAAUUCACGUCCUAAUAAGAAAGAACUGCUGUAUGUUCUGCUGAGGAAGGCAAUCGAUAAAGCGAAGGAGAGUGACCGAGGGCAUUUCGAUCUCUUUUUGCGGUUCUUGCUGGGUAUUUCUCUUGAGUCCAAUCAGAAACUCCUCAUCGGCUUGCUGGAUGAAACGCUGAACAGUAAAAACUGCAUCAAUAAAACCAUCCAAUACAUCAAGCAACUGCAAAACAAUGACACUUGCCCAAAUAAAUCCAUCAACCACUUCUUUUGCAUCCUGGAGCUGCAGGACAGAACUCUGUACCAACAAAUAAUGAAAUAUCUGAGGUCAGAGAGUGGCCAGCCGAAAGCAGUGUCCAACUCCAACUGCUCAGCACUGGUCUAUGUGCUUCUGAUGUCAGGUGAGGUGCUGGAUAACUUUGACCCAAAGAUGUUUAACAAAACAUAUGUAGGAUGUAGGAGACUUGUCCCAGCCGUGAGAUGCUGUCGAAAAGCUCUGUUUUCAGACUGUGGACUGACACAACAGUGCUGUGAAACAGUGGCUGUGGUUCUUCAGCUAGAGGACUGUCCUCUGAGCGAACUGGACCUGAGUCACAAUUGCAACAUUGAGGCGGGAGUGAAGAUGCUUUCUGCUGGACUGAAGAGCCCACACUGUCAUCUGGAGACACUCAGGUUGGCCUUUUGUCAUUUCAACCAGGAGAGCUGUAUGGAGCUGGUCUCUGCUCUCAAGAAUAUCUCACAACAUCUAAGAGAGCUCGACCUCAGCGGUAAUGACCUGCAGGAAUCUGGGCUCUAUAAGCUCCUGAAUGAGAUGGAAAAUGCAAAGAGAAAACUUCAGGUUCUUAGGAAAGUAUUUAUGAUGCUUGGUAUUAAACACAAUGUGUGAGGCAGUUGAUUCAUAAGAGAUUAUGAAAUUACUUUCCUGCAGGCUGAGCUGGUGUAACCUAACUUCAAAGAGUUGUGAGCACCUUUCUUUGAUCAUCAGCUCAGAUUCGUCCCUGACAGAGCUGGAUCUGAGUAACAAUGACCUGCAGAAUUCAGGAGUGAAGCUGAUCUCUGAUGGACUGAAGAGUCCAAACUGUCAGCUGGAGAUACUGAGGUAAUACUAGGAGCUUUAGUUUAUUUCUUUGACAAAUUGAUUCUCAUCAGGUUUUUUU